CUAGUAUGGGUCGACUGUGAAAUGACCGGUCUGGAUGUCAACAAAGACCGACUGCUAGAGGUUGCCUUGAUCAUCACUGAUAUCGACCUGAACGAGCUCGAUUCCAUUGACUCUCUGUACAUUGGCACAUCUAAACAAGUUCUCGAUGCAAUGCCCGAAUGGCAUCAAGAGCACUUUACCGCAAACGGUCUCAUUGAAAAGUGUCUCAACUCAAAGCUAACUCUGGAACAAGUGGACACCAAACUGAGUGAUUUUAUGGUGAAGAAUAAUAUUAAAACUGGAAUACUUGCUGGUAACUCAAUUGCCUUCGAUCGUGAAUUUCUAAAGAAGAACUGCCCCAAGUUUAUGACCCAUUUGCACUACCGAAUGGUUGAUGUCUCCGCUGUCAAAGUGCUCGUUAGUUCGUGGUACAAAGACACCACUUACUUCAACAAGCAGACUGAACACCGAGCUUUGAGUGACAUUAAGCAAAGCAUCGACGAGCUAAAGUACUACAGAGAGAAUUACUUCAAGAAGAAAUAG